CCCUCCACCCCCGAGAUUUCCGCCGGGGCAAUGGCGAGUGGCGGCUGCACGGCGGGUAAUGCGGUCUCCUGACCCGAAGCACCGGCAGCAGAGCCGCGCUCUGGGCUGCAGGCUGCCCUGACUCUUCCCCGAAGGGUACCCCCCCGGGAGAACGGGGGUGAGCUGCUGAAACUUUCCGUUUCGCUCGGCUGCCUCCGCCGUACUUCCGAGAGGGCGCCUGGGAGCCGUGCCCCGGGAUGCUGCCCGCCGCCCUUGCCUCGGCGGGGCAGCGCGGCCGGCGGCUGCGGGCCGCCCUGGGGCGGUGGCUGCUCGCUCCGCCCAGCUGCGCGCUGCUGGGGCCGGGGCCAGGGCCCUGUCUGGGGUGGCGGCACCAGCCCCUCUGCAGGGAGCCCCCCCCGCUUCUCUGGGCCGCCCGGCGCAGGUUCGGGACGCGGGCGGGUGGUCUGAGAGCGGAAAAACCCGGCGAUAAUAGCAAACAGGUGUCCGUGCAAAGGGAUCGGAAGGAAGAAACGGUGCUGUCCGCUGCUCAGAAAGUGAAACAAGCUGGAAGAGACUUUACCUACUUUAUUGUGGUGCUUGUGGGAAUUGGUGUUACAGGUGGUUUGCUUUAUGUAAUUUUUAAAGAGCUAUUCUCUUCUUCUAGUCCAAGUAAGAUCUAUGGAGAUGCCUUGGAGAAGUGCAGAUCUCACCCUGAGGUAAUUGGUGUUUUUGGUGAAUCUAUUAAAGGUUAUGGAGAGGCAACAAGAAGAGGAAGACGACAGUUUGUCAGUCACAUUGAAUACAUAAAGGAUGGACUGAAACAUAUGCGUUUGAAGUUCUAUAUUGAGGGCACUGAAUCAGGGAAGCGGGGAACGGUCCAUAUGGAAGUCAAAGAGAAUCCUGAAAGAGGAAGAUUUGAGGUCCGCUACAUAUUUGUGGACGUUGACACCUAUCCUAGAAGAACUAUUGUCGUAGAAGACAACAGAUGAUAGCCCGUGAUCAAAGUUGCCACUUCAUCUCGUUGAGCGUUGGGUAAUACCAGUGUUGCCAUUCUACACAUGAAUUCUUCAGUGUACCUGACUGUAUCUUGCACCUUUGGGAUUGUGCUACAGGACAUCACCUCUCAGGGCCUCCAUUAAGGUCUUUCAUUGCAACAGAUACAGGAUUUGAAGUGAAGCCAAUGAAAAACAGUAGAGCCAUCACUUACGGCAAAUAUAUUUGACAUAGGAAAAUAAUGGCUCAUAAUAAACAGUUUGAUGCUGGAUAAUACUUCUACACACUCAAAAACUGAGUCUUCCAAGAUUUUAGGUUUGUUUGUGGAGCUUUUUGACUUCCUUUGCUUGGAUUUUCUACUAGCACUGCAAUAAAGAAAGUGGUAUUUUAA